AUGGCAUCUCCAGAUCCUCGGACGGUCUUCCUCGUCUUCGUCGUCAUUCUCGCCAUAGUCGUCAUAAUCCUGCUUGGUAUCUGCUGGAAGUUCCUCAAACCAGAUAUCAUGAGGAAGCUGAUGCGGCCAAGAAGCCCCGGUUCAGGUGAACGAAAUCAUGGCCUUCCACUCCGGAACAACGCAUACUUUUCAUUCAUUGCAUCUUUGCUAAGUAAUACAGAUUGGUCAAUUCUGAUUGGUAUACCAGAUGUUCCUGAGUACUUCAGCAGCAACAUGAGCGGAAACCUCCGGACGAUCACUUACUUCGACUACGCUACGCUGAAGAAGGCCACUAGGGACUUCAACCAGAAAAACCAGCUUGGCAGAGGAGGCUUUGGGCCUGUUUACCUGGGGAAACUAGACGACGGCAGGAAAGUUGCAGUGAAGCAGCUCAGCGUCGGCAAGUCUGGGCAGGGCGAGUCAGAGUUCUUCGUGGAAGUGAACAUGAUCACAAGCAUCCAGCACAAGAACCUCGUGCGCCUGGUCGGGUGCUGCUCCGAGGGGUCCCAGCGGUUGCUGGUGUACGAGUUCAUGAAGAACAAGAGCUUGGACAAGAUACUGUUUGGUAAGCAUGAAGUCCCUGCAUGGCGGCUCUACGAGCAGUCCAAGAUCCUGGAGCUCGUGGACCCGAAGGUGCAGGCCGACGGGCUCGACGAGAAGGAGGUCCAGCAGGUGUGCCAGAUCGCGCUGCUGUGCGUGCAGCCAUACCCGAACCUCCGGCCGGCCAUGUCGGACGUCGUGCUGAUGCUGACGAUGAAGAGCGACCAGUCCGUCCCAGCACCCAUGAAGCCGGCGUUCCUCGACCGGAAGAGCCUGAAGGACAAGAACGUCACGUCGGACACGGCGAUGGAGAUGAGGUCGGCGUCCUACUGGAUGAACACGCCGUCGCCCAUAGUGGACAAGCCGUACGACAUGAGCUGUGGCAUCUAG